AGGCAAAGAGCCUAGCUCAACGUCUUUCACUCGCUAGAAGGUUGAUUUAUCCUUCUGCCUGGAUACCGGAGCUCCCAGGGGUCGUUGAGUUUUCCUCUAAUGAAAGUAUGGGUCACUCUGCUGAUCGAUUGGCCGCGGCUUUUCACGUCAGUCGUGAUGAGCAGGAUUUGUACGCGCUGCGGUCCCAUCAACUUGCUAGAAAAGCGUCGGAUGAAGGCUUUCUUAUUGACGUUCUGCCUGUGAAAGUUCCAGGAUCCAGCCACUACGUAGAGAAAGAUAACGGCAUACGCCCGUCAACCCCCGAAGUCAUGGCCAAAUUGAAACCGGCUUUCGUGAAGCCCUAUGGCACAAUUACCGCUGCGAACGCUAGCUUUCUGACCGAUGGUGCCUCAGCCUGCCUGUUGACUACGCUUGAACGAGCAAAAACUCUGGGUUGGACUCCAAAGGCAUUCCUACGUGACUUCGUUUACGUUGGUCAAGAUCCAAACGACCAACUUCUCCUUGGGCCAGCGUAUGCCAUUCCGCGUCUGCUCGAUCGAAAUGGACUAACUUUGAAUGAUAUUGACGUGUUCGAAAUCCACGAGGCGUUCGCUGGUCAGGUGCUAGCCAAUCUGAAGGCGUUGGACAGCGAAUACUUUUGCAAAACCCACCUUGGUCGUACCACAACCGUUGGUACCUUACCCAUGGAUAAGUUAAACUUAUGGGGUGGUAGCCUCAGUUUGGGACAUCCUUUCGGAGCCACUGGCGUUCGAUUGGUCACUACCGCUGCGAACCGCCUCCGCGCUGAGGGGGGCCGUUUAGGCCUUGUCGCUGCUUGCGCCGCUGGGGGCCUGGGCCACGCACUACUUUUGGAGGUUUGCUGAUUUCAAUUAUCUUCUAGUUUCUUACGUACUUUGUGUUCACAAUUUUCUUGAACUUAUCUAACUGGCCGGAUGAAUUCCAUCUUUUUUACUGUACUGAUUCUGCACAUUGGCGCCAAAUAUGAAAACCAAAUUGUACGUAUCUCUGCUUUUUUUCUGCUGGCCCAUUUCAUGGAGGUGCUUGUGAUCAAUGUGUGCGCUACGGUUUCCGGGAUAACGUCUAUCUGUCACUCUCGUUUGCCCCACUAUCUUGUAACAAG